AUGUCUGACAAAUACGAGGAUAACAGGAAAUGGUUGCAGAGGUUGUUGCCUACCAUGACUUCACUUCACUAUGACACUGAUACCUUUAAUAAGCCUCAGUUCUCCCUCAAACAAGACCUUACUGACAAAACUAUCUUCUUGAACAGCUUUAAGAUGCUUGGCAAAUGAGCUCUUGUAACCUUUGCUUCUGCUGGCUUUGGGUUCUUCAUGGGACUUAUUAUGAGUAGUUUCGAAUUUAACAGACAAAUGCACAUUGAUACAGAUAGAUCGACCAGGUCACAGCUUAAGCAACAAUUCUUCGGCUAUGGAAGAUUCUUAAAAAGGCAAUCAUUAGGGUUCAUGAAGUUUGGGUUUUAUAUAUCACUAAUUGAAAUUCCACUAGAGCUUGCUUUUGGAAAAAUUACCACCCCUGCUAUUAUUCUUUCUGGAGGUCUUGCAGCAGUUUUACUCCAACCAAGAGACUUGAAAUUUAAUUGGAGAGGUCCAAAUCCUCACCUUGGACCUAUUUUCAUGAGGUUUUUGAGCUCUGGAAUGUUCAUCGGGCUGAUCGGUAUGUACAUGAACAAAGGUAAUGAUACUGUAUAAACAUGAGGCCCAAUUAAA